CUCUGGAGGUAGAAAUACUUGCUGAAACAGACGAGAAAGCACAAAACUACGGGAGAGAGAAGAUGUCAGAUGUCAAGAAACCAGGGUGCUUGACAGAGACACAACGAAGACAAUCUGACACAGAACAAAGGAAGAACACAGACUUCCAGAUCCUCUGGAACAGUCAUAAUUAUCCCCCCUAUUCUCACAGUUCCUUCCUGUGGGUUCAGGCCUCCAGAGUUUGAUGACGCUGUUGACGUGUUAGUAGUUCUUGGUGAGAAGUUUAAUGAGAUCCAUGGAGGGUGACACAAUCUGAUAAAAUCAUUUCACAGACUCAGUUCCAUAUCUGAACUCUGAAGACAAAUGCACACCAAGUGAAUUUCAAUGUCAGGUAACUGUAGAUUAAAUUAUGUGUAGAAAUCUUAUGAGUGAGACCUACUUUCACAAUUUGUGUUCAUGUUUGCCUGUUUUGUCAUUUACCUGUUUAAUUUGGUUACACCUAGUUUUUGACAAUCUUAAUGGAUGCUGAAUUAAAUGUAACAUACAUAACUCUUGGUGGGUAUGUGGAAGUGCAGAAAUACAGAUAUGUUUAUUUUGUCAUCAUGUUUACAGCAUACAUUCUGAUAAUCUGCUGUAAUUCCACCAUUGUGAGCCUUAUUUGGAUUCACCGAAACCUCCAUGAGCCUAUGUACAUUUUCAUUGCAGCUUUGUUACUGAACUCUGUUCUUUACAGCACUGCUAUCUACCCAAAGCUUCUGAUUGACUUUUUGUCAGAAAAACAGAUUAUAUCAUAUUCAGCCUGUGUCUUUCAGGUUUUUAUGUUUUACUUUUUAGGCGGUUCAGAAUUCUUACUGUUGGCAACCAUGGCCUAUGACAGAUAUGUGUCUAUAUGUAAACCUCUGCAAUACCCAACUAUCAUGAGAAAAACCACAGUGAGUAUCUUCCUGUUUUUAGCGUGGCUUCUGCCUGCUAGUCAUAUUGCAGUCCUAGCAAUACUGAGUGCUAAAACUAAACUUUGUAACUUUACUUUAAAAGGAAUAUUUUGUAACAAUGCAAUUUACAGUCUUCAAUGUGUAAGAUCAAGUGUAAUUACUAUCUAUGGUGUGGUUGCUUUUGUAGAUCUCGCUAUUCUCCCUUUGCUCUUCAUAAUUUUUACGUACACAAAGAUACUUAUUAUAUCCUAUCGUAGUUGUAGAGAAGUCAGGAAAAAAGCCGCAGAGACCUGUUUACCCCACCUGUUGGUUUUAAUCAGUUUGUCCUGUUUGAGUGCAUAUGAUAUCUUCAUAGCUCGAGUGGAAUCUAAUUUUCCAAAAACUGCACGCUUAGUAAUGAUGUUACAAAUAAUUUUGUAUCAUCCAUUGUUUAAUCCGCUCAUAUACGGGUUCAAAAUGAAAGAAAUUUCUAAACGCCUUAAAAGGUUGUUCUGUACAGCCAAAAUCAUUUGAUGUAUUGGGAUCAGGGCUCUGGGUGUAUUGACAAUGUUAAAUAUUUAAUUUCAGCAAUAUAAAUUGUAUUAAUGCCUUAACAAUGCUGAAAGUGUGUACAUACAUGUGUUCCAGAAAUGUUUCAUUCUCAUUUUAUUGCACAUUACAGAUUGUAAUUUGCCAACAUGUGUAUUUCAAAGAAAGUUUUUCACAAUAUUUGCUGUUCCCAGCUAUUCUUUGUCUUCCACACAUGCUGACUCAGUAAAAAAAUCCUUAAUUUUCAUUUCAAUCUGUGACUUUAGACCCUGUGUGCUUGGACUAAUAGGAAAAGAAAGACUGUGUAUGUGCAUGAGGGUAUUUAGUGUGUGGCGGUCGGUGCUCUGACAUCUGACUUGAAAAUCAAGGCAGAAGUGGCCUUUUGACAAGACUGAAAUGGCAGAUAUGUUUGCAACAAAACAUUUUUUUAAAUUUACAAUGAGAAAAAUAAAAACAAAAUAAACAAAAUAAAUCAUAA